AUGUCACGAUGGCGUAGCUCAUUAGCCGUUCUGGCUCACGCAUCAUCGAUCGAAGCGCAAUUCCAAGGUGCACAUCCGAUCUUCAGACGAGAUACUGCUGCCCUUCAUGCGUCCGCGGUUCCCGACUUCCUCGCUCCUAGCUGCCACCGUCGUCACAAUACUUCAUACACUCGCGCGCUUUUCGGUCAGACGCCUUCGGACGCCUCAGAAAGCUCUACUCGCACAAACACUGCUUCUUCGUUGUCGUCGUCGUCUUCUUCUUCUUCUUCUACGCUAACGACCCAAGCAACAAAGCGAGUGGACCAUGCCCAAGUGGCGCGCCCAAGUCGAUCCAACGCUGCUAGCAUCGAUUUUCAAGGAUACUUUGAUGCUGAUGUUCCUGCUGAAAAUACACUUUCCUCAUCCACUACGCCUUUGGACUACUCUAAAGCCAUGGCAGAACAAAUGCAUGCGGCGACUGACGAAGGAGAACUCGCAAAACUUGCAAGAGCAAUCUAUUACAGCUCCGCUGUGCAGGCCGAACGGCAAACAGUCGCCCGAAUGCUGCGCGCCGCGGAUCCACCAGCGCUAAGGAAUGCCUCAGCGCUACACCUCAACGAAAGCUUUAUUCUCAGCUUGGCUGAUGCAUCUCGUGUCGUGACUCGGCACCGUGGCAGGAAGGAUCCCCUUCUCAUGGAUCAGCUUGUGGCCAAGUACCUCCGCAUCACUUGUAGAGCUCUUCCGAAUACAGCUUUCUCGGACUCGUUUCUUGUUAGACUCGCCCGCCGAGUAAGCAAAGCCGGACCACUGUCGGUCAAUGCAGUGUCCUAUCUGCUCUUCGGCAUUGUCAAGGAUUGUCUAUCGCAUCAGCAAGCAGAACCCCAAGCAAGAACGAUCCAUGUCGCCAGCAACAUGUCCUCAUCGCUUUAUCAAGACCGAGCUCAGAAUGUGUCGCAGAUCCUUCUAGACCUCAUGACUGGCUUUUUACGCUCUGGUCGCUUUGAAGCAGUGAAAACCUGCUUUGACCUGCUCAAGGAACACUCGCUGCCAGUCACUGUGUUUCAUCAUCAACUCAAGCUCGUCGCCCUGUUCCGGGAGCGUACCAUCAGCGUUGAGAGAAAAGGCCAAACCGACUUGGAGCGAGAGACACAAGAGCUCUACUCGCAGAUAUUGCAGACUCAAGCUUCGAUGAAGGCUAACAAUAUUGUUCUCGACGACACUUUUCUCGCCACAGUCUUGCACGGCCUCGGCGCACCCCUUCGCGGGCCGCUCGCCACUGUCGCCUCGAUAUCACAAGCGCAAAACGCGCUCGAAAUGGUUCGCGUCGUCUUUCGCAAAUUCAGUGCGAUGCAUCGAUCUGCGGACCUGGGCAGCAAGCCGCGUCUCUUGUCGUCGUUUAUCAAUGUGGAGCUCGACGCAGUCAAGCGAGCGCAUGGUCUCACUACGAGCGCGCGCGCAAAGACCGUCGAGCGUAUCCAGCAUAUGAUGCGUCCGCUUGAGUGGGAAUCCACUCGGACUAACAGCCCGAUCGUGGCUUGUUUGCGAGGUAAGGCAUUUACCGAAGCGCAACUGACAAGCGUCUACCUCAAGAUUCGAUUACAAGCUAUUCUUGGUGAAGUGGGUCGCGGCAUGGACCUGCUACAAGAAUUGCUUUCGUUGAAGCCCAGCGAUCAGCCCGAUGCGGCCAAACAAUGGCAAGAGGUGGUACUGAAACAGCGAAGCAGCGUCGUCAGCCUGUUUUCCUCGGCUAUGCAGCAACGCGCUAGUGUUGACAGGCAAAACACUGCUUUCGAGGUCUUGAGGAUGGCAUUCUCGCCGAUCUGGUUCGAUCGCGUAUGGACUGACGUCGGUUUAAAACCUGAUCUUGCUCUUGCGUGCGAGAUGGAUGUCGAGGAGCACGAUGAGGAGCACGAUGCGGACGAGAUGGUGUUGCGUUUGUGGAAGAGGUGGAUGCAUGCAUGGUCGACUGAUCGUUUGGCCGAGGGGAGUGUGGUACGAGGGGUCGACUCGUCGAUGCACGCGCAUGGCAAGCCUGUACGAUACCGCACAUUCACCGGAAGUUAUCCGUGGCAAACGCUCAAACAGGGUCUUGGACUUCUCAACCAAGUUGUCGAUCAAUACGAAGCUAUGGACGCCAAACGCGCGGUCGACAAAGUCGCGGCUGGUGGAAUGCACCAGGAUGCACUUGCUCAGGCGGAUUUGGACGUCAAGCCUGCGUCGCGGAUCGCACACUUGUCUCAGCUGUUCACGGAUCGCGGUGUGCUCGACAGGAUCGUCAAGUUCUGUGUUCGUGGUGGUCGGCCGGCGCGCGGCGAAACGUUGCGAAUGUAUGUUGGCGCUCGCUUGCAUCUGCUCGUCAACACGCUGACGCGCGUACGCGUCAACGCACGCACCUGGGAACAUGUCGAGUCGUCCAUGCUUCGACAUCUCGCGCUCAUCCCAUCCGACGUCCUACCCACCUCUGAUGUCGCGCCAACGAUGGACGUGAUCCAAGAGCGAAAAGCACGCGCCCUCUUGCGGAUCCCGGAACUGCGCACCGCCUUGCAAAACGCACACCAUCCGCCAUCCACGCUUCCUCCCGAAACAGGCUCCAUAUUCAUCCUCCGACACAUGCUCAAUCAGCACGAGCGUGCGAAACGCCCCCACCAACUCGACGCCACCCAACCCAAACCAGCUUUCACAUAG